AGUGGUGUUGCUAGCGGUGCCGCUUUUUUUCGCGCAUGCGCCCUGGAAGCUUGUAACGUUCGCAACAAUUGUGUAACUUACAUUGUUACGACUUGGAACUCUUGGAAGGGCUUCGAGCAGAGAGUAGCCUGAGAGCUGCCACGGCUGGUUUUUGGUGAUCCUCGAAUGUGUUAUGCCCUCUGUGGAUAUUAGGAAACGCGGACCUGAACUACGUAGCCAAUGUCCACAUUUUGCCAAAUCAAAGUGCCAGCACGUGAUACACGAAUCGUCGAGUGAAAUGGCAACGAACAAUUAUAAUAUGUCAAUUGCUUGCCAAGAAGUAAUCUCACUGACAAUUAUACGUACAAAAGUGCGCGUAUGUAAUAAAGUCUCCAUUUUCGUCGCGAUCGGGAGUGCCGUUUACAUAACCGAAGUAAAGACUUUUGAAAACCCAUUUGAACAAGUAUUCAUUAAAUGUCCGUUCCUGUCAAUGGCCACACUUUCGAAAUUUGGCAGUUUUUGGAGUAUAAAUACUCGCCAACUCGAAGUGAAAGCAAACUGGACGGAACAGAAUACUUUAAUUCAAAUGGGUUUUUCAAUCGGGAGUGUAAAGUCGUGCGACGUCGUUUCCGCGAGUGUCAAAGGACAACCCUGUGAAGGUGGAAACCUAGGAGAGGCAUCAGACAUCAGCGGAGCAACUUUACGAUGUUCCAGAAUCAACGUAGUUAAACUCCGCAGCUGCGUAUCAUAUCGGUGAGUCAAAAACUUUUUUAUUGAGGCAGCGAAUGUACUUUUCGUAGAUCGUAGAUUA